AUGUGGAUUCUACCGCUGCUGGGCUAUGUCGGCGCCAUCAUCGGCUUCUGCUUCUUAACCUUGUCAAUCGCGUCUGGGCUCUACUAUCUUUCGGAACUGGUGGAGGAGCAUACCGUCUUGGCAAAGCGCUUACUCACACGACUGAUCCAGAUCAUCAUUGGCGUGCAGGUUGCGCUCUUGAUCGACGGCUUCCCCUUCUGGGCGACUGUCUUGGGAAUUGUCUGCCAUGUGGUGUACUUGGGUAACUUGCGGCGGUUCCCAUAUGUGCAGCUGACUGACCCGCUGUUCUUGCUCUCUUGUGUCUUGGUGCUUCUCGACCACUAUGUGUGGUUCCGAUUCUUCUCCAACCACCAGGAGCGAGCCUACGCCCGAUCUUCCUACUACGAGCAUGUGGACGUUCCGACCUUUACCAUGAUUGCGUCCUACUUUGGCAUAUGCGUCUGGCUGAUUCCUUUUGCGCUCUUUGUGAGCUUGUCUGCUGGCGACAAUGUCCUGCCUACCAUGGGCACGGAGCCUGUUCGUGGCGUGGAUGGCAAGAAUAAGCCCCAAGGCUUGGUCAAGGCGCUUGUUGAUUGGGUUCGAGGGUUGAUUGGAGAUAUGGCUGGCAGCGGGAUGGACCGGCCGUAA